UGUCAGUAAAAGAAUAACCCCCGGACAGUUCGCAUAAUUAUUUUCUCGGUGAUCGGUGUCAAUGUCAAUAAUUGAAGUAAAUGCCCAAAAUACUUUUGUGAAAAGGUGAAAAAUACCAAAAAUGCCACCGCGAAGGGAAAAUCGUUCCAACCUCAAAACAUCAAAAAAUAAUCCGAAAUUCUUCAGUUAUGUGAGAAAACUAACGAAAUGGAGUGAAAUAAAAACACUGGCAACCGAUCCACGACAGCUAUACCUGCCGGCAAUAUUAUUUCUCAUUGUCGAGAUAUUCCUCAAUAUUUUCAUAAUUGAACGAGUGAAAUAUACGGAAAUCGACUGGCGUGCAUAUAUGCAGGAGGUGGAGGGUUUUUUGAAUGGAACGCGGGACUAUUCAAUGCUUAAAGGGGACACUGGACCGCUCGUCUACCCAGCUGGAUUUGUCUACAUCUUCUCCGCACUCUACUACAUAACCUCAAAUGGAACUAACGUGAAACUCGCUCAAUAUUUAUUCGCCGCACUCUACUUAAUUCAAUUGGCCCUCGUCUUUCGAAUUUACGCGAGGACAAAGAAAAUUCCCCCCUACGCAUUGCUUUUGAUAUGUUGCACCUCGUACAGAAUACACUCGAUAUUUGUCCUCCGUUUGUUUAAUGAUCCGAUUGCAGUGAUUCUCUUGUUCGCGAGUCUCAAUGCAUUUAUGGAUGAGAAAUGGUUGUUCGGGAGUGUGCUCUACAGUCUCGCUGUUUCGGUGAAAAUGAACAUUCUGUUAUUUUCUCCGGCACUUUUGAUUGCUUAUUUAGUUAAUUUGGGGCCACUGCGAACAAUUUUGCAUUUAACUGUUUGUGCAGUGAUACAAGUGUUAUUGGCUCUGCCAUUUUUGUUGCAAAACCCCCUUGCUUAUUUAAUCGGUGCAUUUGAUUUCGCGAGGGUUUUCCAAUUUCAGUGGACGGUUAAUUGGCGCUUCUUACCGGAGGAAUUUUUCCUCGAUAAAUACUUUCAUUUCACAUUGUUGAUAAUGCAUAUUUUAACUUUAAUCGUCUUUGCACCGUCGUGGAUCGUUUAUUUAAAAUCUUACGCGAAAUUGAAAAAAAUUGACUAUGACGUCAAUUCACAAUUGAGUAAAACGGAAAAAUUUGAUACACAAAGUUUGGGACAAUUAUUUGUUUUGCCAUUUUUUACGGCUAAUUUUAUUGGUAUUGCAUUUAGCCGCUCGUUGCAUUAUCAAUUUUAUGUUUGGUAUUAUCAUACAUUACCUUACUUAAUUUGGUGCACAAAUUUCUCAAGUGUUACGAAGUUUGCAAUUCUCGGUGUUAUCGAAUUAUGUUGGAAUACAUAUCCAAGUACAGUUUCCAGUAGUUUGGCAUUACACUUCUGUCAUAUUUUAAUGCUAUUUCAAUUAUUUUUCAACUCUAAUAAUAAUAAGAAAAAACAAGUGUGAGUCAAUGAAACCGGGUGCAACAUAACCUUAAAAUUGCGUUUUCACUGUUUUUCACGUAAUAUUUUUUAUUUUAACUGAUACUGGAUUUUGUUGGAAUUUUAUUUGUUUGUUUCGAAUGUUUUUUAACACAGUAGACGAUUUUUCAAGAAAUACUUAUUCGACUUUAUAACUUAAAAACAAUUGUAUAAGACAAAUAUGCAAAGAAUGCAAAGUAUUAAAAAUUAAACUUGAAGUAAGUCACAAGUUGAAGUUGGCUUUAGAGCGAAUAGUUCAGGUGUGCCAAACAUGUUAAAAUGUCAAAAGGCGGGUAAUUUAAAUACAAGUGUUAAUAAUUUUGAAAAAAGUUGAAAGAAAAAAUAUUAAAAAUAUUUCCUGAUACUGUUACUUAUGUAAAUAGUGAAUAAAUUUCAGAAUUAUAUAUUUAAACUAAGACUGUUACGAAGAUUUUUAUCUUUUGAUAAAAGACUUGGAAUGUUUUAUUAUUGAUGCAUAAUAAAAAUAUUUUGACUGAA